UAACCAUCCCUGCACAGCAAGUUUUAUGUCCACCGAUGUAUCUAGACGUCGGUUAUCAUCACAAGAAAUGGCAAUUAUCCAACCGUUCAUUGAAAGGAAUACUGAUGUCCAUGAAAUCAUGGAUCUAGCACAUGAGAAGUUCGGAAAAGCGCUCCUGUAUAACGAUAUUAAAAACAUGCGGGCUAAGAUAAAUAAACAAAUUGGUUGUUUGGAAGAGCUGCUUCAUCGACUGAGGCAGACAGGUCCAGUUAAAGUUUUGCAGGACAACGCAGGCUUUGUAUCUAAAAUCAUUUUUGCUCGUAAUGAUAUGAUAGACGUGUAUCAUAAGUUUCCAGAAGUAGUUGGAAUCGAUUGUACUUACAAAACGAAUAAGAUGGGAUGGCCUUUAUAUCAGUUUGUUGUGACUGAUGGAUUCGGAAGAGGAAGGACUGUUUUGUUUGCUCUUACUAGGAGAGAAACGUUUGCAGAUAUCAAGGAGAUAUUGCAAACGUUUAAGAGAUUUAUGGUGGAUACAUCGAAAACAUUAACAUUCACUGUCGACUGUGCAACUGCACAGAUGAAAGCCCUAAAGGAGGAAUUCCCCAGUUGCAAUAUUGUUUUGUGUCUUUUCCAUGUAUGCCAGGCAUUCAGAAGGAAGGUAA